CCUAAGUCAGCCAGGAGGGUUGUCAUUGCUGGUGUUCCCGAUGGCGUUCUGCAGGAGGAUGUCAUGGCAGACAUACUGAUAAUUCAUUUCCAAAAGGCAAAGAACAAUGGUGGAGAUGUGGAAGAUGUGGAGUAUCCAACAAGGCUGAAAGGAGUUGCAUACAUCACUUUUGAAGAUCUAGAAGUUGCAGAGAGUGUUCUGAAGAAGGAUGACCAUCAACUGGAAGACAAGAGGCUCUCCAGACCCUACCCCCUGAGAGUAACCCGUUACUGUGAAAAUGUCUUCAGCUCCAUCACUUCUGUCCUCAAUAUGUCUGUUUUCAAAGAGCAGUUUGUGUUGGAAGAUCUGCUGCAGGAAGUUAAAAGAAAGAGCACAGCUUUGAGCUUUGGUCCUUUGCAAGCCAAUGGACACAUUUCAGUCCAAGGGUCAUUUCCAGAGAUCAAAUUGCUGAGAGACUUUCUCCUACUCAAAGCAAAAUGUCUUUCAGAGAAGGACAGAAGAGGAGAAAGUAAGUCCCACCAGAGUGCAAGGAGGAUGCUGCACCACCAGCAGGCUAACAGAGAGCUGAGUAGCUCUGUGCAUGAUGCAGAUGAGGAAACCCAAAUGGUUGUCCUUGACAGAGAUGUGUAUCUCUUCAUGAAGUCCUUUUUCCCCAGGACACUCCAAGGAAGUGCUGAUGUUGUCAUUUCUGACAUCACUGAUGGUGAUACCACUACACUCUACAUUAAGAGUGCUGGCCAUGGGUCUGAUGUAGGGGAGGUCUCAAGAAUCAAAGAGCAGAUCAAAGAGCUGUCUGUAAAACUUUACCGUGCUUUACGUAAAGAAAGGAUCUCCUUGAAGCAGUACACCAGAGAUGAAAAGGAGAGGUACCAAAGGCUGUGUGGAUGUCUAAAACUCCAUUUCCCUCAGGUUUUGGUGAUUCAGUAUGAUACUCACAUGGAUCUUAUAGGAAAACCUUCUGAGAUACUGCAGUUUACGAAGGAGCUGAGCAGUAAGAUUCAAAGCUGGCUGGGAAGGCUGCAUGUGAGGGUGGACAAGUCCAUUCCCCCCAGAUAUCAAGGAGCAUAUGAUGAGAAAACAGAAGGUUUUUAA